GAUACUCCCCAACUGGAAACAACGACCCGCAAGUUUGCAGGCUCCUCUUCUGUGGUUGGCACCAGAUCGCUGCCAUCUGUGCGCGGCGUUAACCCGGUGCGCACCGCUGCUGCCUCUUGUUCCAAGACUAAUUUAAGACGGCGCUUUGAACCCUGAGCCGAGUGUACCGGAGUCAGUGUUGUUGAAUGUGUUAGGUGCGUGUGGCACUGACUCCACGGAGCCCGGUAUCUGUUUGUUUGCAGAAGUGCACCAACAAAACAAGUUAUUUUCUUUUCAUCGAGGAGACUUUGGAGCAGGAUUUCAGCAUGGAUACAGCCAGCGACUCUGUCGGGGAAAGUAAGCCGGUUUGUCACUGCGCGCCCAAGUCUGUGGUCCAGCGGUGGCUUCCAGGUUUUCCCAUCGCUCUGUGCUUGCUGAUGUCCUUGAGCUCCGUCACCGUGUGUCUCCUGAUGAGCUUCAAGACCUACCAGCUGGAGAACCGACUGCAGAUGGAGAUGAACAAAGCGUCUGUCUUCCACCCGCCGCACAGGGCUUUUCUAAACGAGGACGGGACCCUGAUUCCAGAGCUGAGCACCCCAAUAGGGAAGCUCGUGGAAGAGAAAGCUGUGGUGCUGAUGCCGAAACUGCGGACAACUAGGGAUGUCGGCCAAGAGUGCUCCUGUCCUCCAGGGCCUCCAGGGAAGCGUGGAAGGAUGGGAAGAAGAGGGGAACCCGGACCUCCUGGCAAAUCUGGACGGGAUGGAUACCCGGGUCCACUUGGCUUGGAUGGGAAACCAGGUUUACCAGGUCUCAAGGGCAGCCAGGGACCAGCCGGACCCAAGGGAGAAAAGGGUGACCAAGGAGACAUCGGGCCAAGGAUGGUCUUCCCCCGAUAUGACCAUGGCUUUCUCUCUGGAGAGCAGUCCAACAGCUUUCAGAGACGCUUUCUGAAGGGUGACCAAGGCCAGGCCGGACCCGCUGGUCCUCCCGGGCCUCCAGGUCCCCCCGGCCCCCGAGGCCCCCCUGGGAACACAGGAAAGGACGGGCCACGAGGCCCCUCUGGAGAGCCGGGUUUUCCCGGUCGAGAUGGCAGUGAGGGGCCACACGGAUUGCCUGGGAAGCCGGGAGAAGAUGGUGAGCCCGGCUAUCCAGGGCCACAGGGACCUCCAGGAGCAAAGGGCGAGCCAGGUUUUGGAGAGAAAGGAGAGAGAGGCAUGGAUGGACUCCCGGGCUUUAAGGGAGACAAGGGUGAAACAGGAGAGCAAGGACCACAAGGCCCUAUGGGUUAUCCUGGUGAAAAAGGUGCCACAGGUUCCUCAGACAUCAUUGACUUCAAUGGGAAGCUUCUAGACGCUUUCCAGGCCAUCAGCACCAUCAGUGUUUCGGGUCCACCUGGACCACCUGGACCCCCAGGCUAUCCAGGGGAAAAGGGUGAGCUCGGUUUACCUGGACCAGCAGGAGUCGACGGGGAGAAGGGACCCAAAGGUGACAUGGGUGAGACGGGACCACCUGGCGAGAGGGGCGAGAAGGGCGAGAUGGGGCUCUCUGGACCUGCUGGUAUGGACGGACAGAAAGGAGAGAAAGGCGACUGCAGAAUGGAUGACAACCUGGUUCAGAUGAUUUCUCAGCCAGGGCCGCCCGGCCCACCAGGUCCACCAGGGGUUCCCGGGUCUCCUGGAUCCAUGGGGCUGCACGGAAUGCCGGGUCCUAAGGGUGAGCCUGGAUUCGGGAUGAAGGGAGAGAAAGGGGACACUGGUGCCCCGGGAGCCAGAGGAUUAGAGGGCCCCCACGGCUCACCUGGGUCUACAGGGUUAGUGGGCCUUCCCGGUGCAAAGGGAGAAAAAGGCAGACCAGGGGAGCCUGGACUCGAUGGUUUCCCGGGUCUGAUGGGAGAGAAAGGUGACCGGGGGGAAAGAGGAGAUAAGGGUGACAGGGGAGCAGUGGGAAAGAGAGGUCUAAAGGGCCAGAAGGGAGAGCAGGGUCCUCCAGGCCUGGACCAGCCUUGUCCUGUGGGACAGGAUGGGCUGCCCAUACCGGGCUGCUGGCACAAGUGAUGACUAACCAGCAGCACGGAAUCUGUACAUAUUGAUAUGGUAUAUAUUGGAAUUGAAUACGACACCAACAACCCUCUCCCUUUUUUAUCCCUUUUUUUUCAUAAAACAUUUUAUAUAAUAUAUUGAGAUUUUUUUAACAAGGACAUUUUUGAAUCUACAGUAUUAUGAAAACUUUUUAAAACUUUUUUUAAAGAGCCAGUGUUGUGAAUGCAUGGUUUUGGAGACAGAAACUGGCAGUGGGACUGCUACUCUGAAGGACAGUCCAGAUGACAGUGUUGGAGUGCCUUGACGGUCUAGCUGCCUUACUAACAAAGUCUGACUUGCUGCCUGAUUAUAAUCAUGACCACUGUGUGGAUAUGACGGUGUGUGCACUCACCCAAUGGAUGGAUGGAUGGACAGAUCUCCUGACUGCGGCAGACGGAGGAAUGUGCGUCAGUACUCUCUUCUCCUCUCUUUGUUUUCUAAAAGGAGGAAAUGGCAAGACAGAAGCUCAAACGCAAGCGUCUCUCUCAGCCCUGAAAUGGUAGGAGGCCUGGUGGAGAAAGGACACGUAGACAGGCAGAGAGCACAAGGGGGCAGACUGGCCUUUAUGAAGCAGAGCGAGCCAUGAGACGCCUCGGCGUCACACUGAACACUCAGAUCCUCCCUUAUGGAAACUGUCCGGGAGGGAACGAUAGAGGACACUGCAUCUCCACAUUCACCUGGGAAGAAAAGACACACCUGUGGCUGGUGAUGUUGCGCAAUAGCUUGAUAACCAGUCAAAGUUCUUUGGGAGUCACUGACGUCACUGGCACAUACGGAAAGAUUUACUGCACAGACACAUUGAACCUGUCAUGACGAUCUCUUGUAUGGCUCUUUUGUAAAAGGUUUUCACUAAUUAAAUGCAUGAUCAUAACAAGGCACAGUGUUGUUUAGCAUAAUGACAGCUUGUCUGACUUGUGGUCCCUCACUGAAACCUCAAACGACAGUAGAUUCGUUUUCAUUUGCGAUAAGCAGUCUUUAAUAGUCUUUCCAUUUGAACAAGCCACUCAGAAAAGUCGGUAAGCCUACCGUUUUAUGGCUCACACUCGUGGCAGUGGUGACUUGUGUGUUGUUUUGUUUUGUGUUGUUUUUUUGGUUAUAUUUUUACCUAUUUGUGUCCAGUUACAUUCUGCAUUCCUGUGCGUUGCCAUGGUUAGAUUUAGUGAAAUUUCAAGGCCAGAUCUGAAGGAACCAUUUAUCAAGAUAAAUCAGUGUUUCAGAUGCCUUCACAAAUGAUUGCCAGUCAAAUGAUUUCCUUAAUAAUUUUCUGUGUAACUGAUGCUUUUUGUCUGAUCUUUAUGCUUUAAUCACUGAUGAAGACAUGUUUAAUGUUUAAUGUUGCCAGUUUAUCUGGACAACAGUGUAAGUUCUUGCUGCUGACUUAAAUAUGUGUUGUUUGUUUGAUAUUUUUUAAAUCAAUAUUAGUCAUUUGGACUGAAGGACUAACAGAUGAAGUUUGAAAUUUGAUUCAAAUGCAUACUCAACCAUUCUUUUUUAGGAAAUUACUCAUUUUCAAUCAGCAAUACACUUUAACGCAAUGGUUUAUAACUCAGUUACUUUACAUUUUGUGUGUGUGCUUUCUUUCAAUUAUCACAAAAACCUUUAGUCUUUGCCACCAGAUAACUUUUAUUGGUGCAUUUUGGUCUUUGUAAAACAUUUUUCUCAGAUGGAAACAUUUCUUGGUGCUUAAAUACGUUCAUAUACCUGUUUAAAGCUCUACUCUGCAUAUUCAUAUGCAAAAUCACACAUGUCCACAGAUACACAUGCAUUAUUGUUUAAUGUUGAACAUAGGAAAAAAGAAAUUCUGCUAUUUUCAAAUAUUUGCUUGCAUGUAUACAAGACAGAGAUAACAUGGAAUUAUUAUUUGGUUUUGUUUACAUGGACAGAGUUACACACACAUCACACAAUGGACUUCUGUUUUUUCUACAAUGGUAUUAGUUGCACUUAUUCAUACAAUAUCAAUAAUAUUCAUCAAUUAUCUUUUUUUAAGGCAGAACACAUAUUCAGAUUUAUUGCUCGAUUCAACUGACUAGCAAUCAUUUACAACAUUUUCAUUGUUAGCUUGAAUGUGGUCGAUCAGCAUGUUCUAUUGGUUAAUUGUCUUCUUUCGCCAUCAACAAAUAUUGCAAAUGUUUGCAAUUUUCAAACAGGGUUAGUAUUAUUGUGGUGGAAGGAUAAAGGUGUUAGUUCAGUCCCUGCUGAAUACUGACACACAGGACAUUGCUGACUUCCUCUUUGCAGUUAAACAUAUCUACUAGCUGACGUGUAAACCAGUUCAUGUUAUGUUGCAACAGUCAUGAUGUAGGCCACACACCUCUGGAGAGGUAGUUCCUGUUUAGGUCUGAAAUGACAAUGUGCAGCAUAACCUCUUAUCUGCUUUAUUUUUUCAAAGAUCAUUUUAGUCCCUCUAAAUGUUUUAACUUCAGAGGGAUGUGGUAAGAUCAGUUCAUGGUGUAUUAAACCUACAUUGCACCUCUCAUUUAAGAAGUUAAAGUUUUCUGUAAAACAAAAAUCUGUGUACGAGUUGCAUAGCACUGAGCUAAAAUAGAACAGAUGACAUGCAAACUUUGAGAAUCAUAAAAAAUGGAUGUUGAGUCAGUAAUUAUAUUGAAAGCAGAAUGGUAUACCUGUAAACCACACAGUUCUUAGCAUUAUUUCACUGGAAGCUGAUGGUUAUCUGCCACUUAACAUUAUCAUAUGUGUUUAUUUCUUUUGCAGAUUCUAUCAGUUUCAGUUUUAAGGCUUAUUGGUGUCAGUAAGUGGUGCAAUGUCUGAAUACAGGUUUGCUAUUUUAACAAAUCAUAUAUCACAGUAUUAGCUCGACUUUGUGAGAAUGUUUUUUGGUUGUGUAUUUGGUUGUAAGAAAAUUAAGCUAUUUUUGUAAUUACGUCUGAAAAAUAUGUAACAUGAAAUCUGGUCAACUAAACAUGUAGACUGAAGUAAACUCUGCAGUUGUAUGUUGUUUUUUUGUCCAUUAAAUCGUAAUCAUGUA